UCGUUGCUUUCGGAGCAAAAACCUCCCUUCUACUUGCGGCGCUUUUGGGGCGCCAGCUGCAGUGAUUCCGGUGACGUUAAUCGGCUCGUCUACAAUCCAUCGUUCAGUAACGCGCUAUGGAUACGGAGUCGACGGCAAUGUCGGCACCAUCUGCUGGAGAUGAUAGUUUAGUGCCCCUCGUGUACGAGGAUCGCACGAAGGGACUGCGUAAAGAGCGUCUUUCUUUUUGCCCAACAUUCAUCGAGAAGCCUUCGGAGCUGAGCCGCUGCCUGGUAACGUUUCGUAAUGUCAGCAUCGGCGAAACACACGCAUCAAACCAUCUUGCCAGCCCGGAGGAAAGAUGGGUUACCAUGGGAACGGCCGUCACGCCCAUCGAUUGCUACGUUGAACUAUUGCUACAACAAAUGGUACUAAACGAAGAGAGCAAAUGUACGAUCACCACAAAGGCGGCGGAUGUUACGUUUACGGCGAAACUGCUCCGUAUCGUGAAUCAGCAAUACUUCUUCGAACAGACUGUGGCCAGUACGCUGGAGCUUGCCAAACGGUACAAGGAGAAUGGUGUGCAAAUGUUUCCCCGCUAUCCGCGGUUUGCUCACGCGUACUUUAACCGUGCGGCCAAGUGUUUGCUCUCCUGGUCACCGAUUGAGGAUCUGGAUCCGGUCACGGAGGGCUCUGGUACGGUGAGGGAAAUGCAAACCCUGCUUCAGACGCUACAGCUUAACAUUUCCGCUUGCCUCAUCAAGGACAGUCGCUUCGAAGAAGCGCUGCACGUGCUUCGCUAUACGGACGACCAGGAAAGUCCAUCGCCGAAGGCAACGUACCGCAAGGCACUGGCCCAAUUUAAGGUGAAACAGUUCGACGAAGCGCUCGGAACGCUACAGAAAAUUGAUUACGCUUCCAGCAAAGAGUGUGCUGCUUUGCAUAAGCAGAUUGUCGAAACACAACAGCGGGAGGACAGCAAGUACAAUGCCAUGGUGAAGAAAAUGUUCGCCUAGGAAGGGGCGU